UUUUGACUUUCCUUUUUUUCUUUUAACCUUUCUUUCGUAUUUACCUCCAUUUUACUAAUAUGAGUGACGAUGACUUUAUGCUCGAAGAUGAUGAACAGGACUACGACUUUGAUUAUGAAGACGACGAGGAUGAAGAACCUGACGUUGGACUAGAAAAUAAAUAUUACAAUGCCAAAGCCAAAAAGGAAGAUGACCCUGAAGGUGCUAUUAAUGAUUUCCAACUUGUAGUGGAUACUGAGGAAGAAAAAGGCGAAUGGGGAUUCAAAGCGUUAAAGCAAAUGGCUAAGAUAUCGUUUCAACUCAACAAGUACGAAGAUACACUUUCAUACUAUAAGCAACUUCUUACAUAUAUGAAAUCGGCGGUAACGCGAAAUUAUAGUGAAAAAUCUAUCAACAACAUUCUUGAUUAUGCAUCAACAGCAGACAACUUGUCAUUUAUGGAAACAUUCUAUGAAAUUACUUUGGAAUCUCUUGUGGAAAUGAAAAAUGAACGAUUAUGGGUCAAGACAAAUUUGAAGUUAGCAAAACUAUGGCUAGAUCGAAAGGAAUAUGGACGACUAAGCAAGAUUCUUCGCCAAUUACGUACAGCAUGUCAAAAGGAUGAUGGGACAGACGAUCAGAGAAAGGGAACUCAUUUAUUAGAAAUUCUUGCUCUCGAAAUUCAAAUGCAUACAGCAACUAAAAACACUAAGAAAUUAAAGGAAUUGUAUCAACAAUGUCUUCAUGUACGAUCAGCUAUACCUCAUCCUAGAAUCAUGGGUGUUAUUAGGGAAUGUGGAGGAAAAAUGCAUAUGACAGAAAAACAUUGGGACAAAGCUCAGACUGACUUUUUUGAAUCUUUCAAGAAUUAUGAUGAAGCCGGUAGUCCACAACGUAUUCAGGUGCUUAAAUAUCUUGUAUUGGCCAAUAUGCUGACAGAAUCACAAAUCAAUCCAUUUGAUUCUCAAGAAACGAAACCAUACAAGAAUGACAAACAAAUUGCUGCUAUGACUAGUCUAGUGAUGGCUUACCAAAGAAAGGAAAUUGGCGAAUUUGAAAAGAUUCUGAAAGCGAACCGUUCUUACAUCUAUGAUGAUCCGUUCAUCAGGACGUAUAUUGAUGAUGUUCUCAAGAAUAUCCGAACACAAGUCCUAAUCAAGCUUAUCAAACCUUAUACUAGAGUAGAAAUCAGUUUUAUUGCAAAGCAAUUGAAUAUAUCUAGUGAAGAGGUUGAAGAACUCUUGGUUGGAUUGAUUCUGGAUGGCAAAGUGAAAGGAAAAAUAGAUCAAGUCACUAAUCGAUUAGAAUUGGAUCAACGAUCAACGGAUGCUCGCAAGUACGAAGUUUUAGAUACUUGGUCUACGAAUGUCACAAACCUCUGUAGGACAGUUAUUGGAAAAGCUACAUAGUCAAAUACCAUUCUUACUGUAUAGCAACCUCAUACAUACUUACUUACAUACAUACAUAUAUCCCUCGUUCCCCAAUCUAUGGUUUUUAUUUGCUAAUAAACAAUCUUAUGUUGCUAUAUUGGCUAAUUAUUGUACAACGUAGAAAUGUCAUAUUAGUCAAUGUUUUCUCCGGAUGUCCAUGCAACUUCUAAUGGUCUCUUUUUUUUUUUAACACGUCAAAAUAAAC